UUUUUUUUUUUUCUUUCACAUCAGACACAGCGCCGGGAAGUACGCCGUCGGCGCAUAUUUUGUCGUCGUCUUCUAUCGUUUCUUCGUUCUCGUGAAGAAAUGGAGUCUCUGUUCGCGACCGCCGAGAGACUGUCUGUGUCCACCCCGGGAAAAAUAAAAGUCGAAGAGUACAAGGAAAGGCUAAAGAAAGAAGCAGAGGAGCUGGUUCUGCACAAGUUCCCUGAGAAGAUCCUGGAAUUGGAAGCUCUUUUGAAGACAGACAAGUUCUCCAAGACAGAUCUCGCUGCCGUCCACGCUGACAUCAACAUUCCAGUGCCUGACCCACCCCUCCAGAAUCAUGAGGCCGAGCUGACUGCAGGGAAAAAGAGAAAGCUGGAGUGUUUCGAAAAUGAGAUUACAGGCACUAAAGUCCUGGUGCUGCCCACCGGCUCGGUGCACACAAACAGCCACAUCGUGAGCAUCGUCGACGUGGUCAAGCCCAAGAUCUGGCAGCUUGUGGAUGACACCAACAUUCUCAAGAUGUGGAUCCAGUUCCUCAUCCCAAGAAUUGAAGAUGGCAACAACUUCGGCGUUUCGAUACAGGAAGACGCCCUGACGGAGAUCCGAGCGGUGGAGGGGGAGGCGGCAGCCUUCUUUGACCAGAUCUCUCGGUACUUCCUGACACGGGGCAAGAUCAUCGCAAAGGUGGCAAAGUACCCCCACGUGGACGACUUCAGACGCACCGUGCAAGAGCUGGACGAAAAACAGUACGUCAGCUUACGACUGGUGCUGUGCGAGCUCAAGAAUCACUAUGCCACCCUUCACGACUUGAUCACCAAGAACCUGGAGAAGAUCAAGAGGCCGCGAAGCUCCAACGCCGAGAAUAUGUAUUAGUGUACACAUUGUAAUAAAAAGAUGGAAAAGUGGC